AAUGUCAGAAAAUUGGAAAUUUCUUGGCAAGUAGAAUGAAAUGUUUGUCUUUUGAAAAUGAAGUCACUAUAAUAUUGAAAUAUAUGCUACAGUAAUAUAUGUUUUUAAAAUAAACCAAACGGCAAUGUUAUUGAAUUUAAUUUUUCUGGUGUUCUUGUGAAGUAUCGGUGUCAUCAUGAAUAACAUAAUAUCGUGGACAGCUGAAGAUGAGGCCAUCAUUGCAACGAACACUGAUGCUACCGAGUGUAAACGAUGCGCAGUGGAGUUGGGAUACUGGAAGGAUGAAUAUAUAUCGUAUUUCGUCAAACAUGUUGAUCGAAAAGCCCCUGAAAUAAAUCGCGGCUACUAUGCUAGAGUUAAAGCUAUGGAGAUGUUCAUACAUCAGUUCUUAGAGCGCUGUGGCACCCAGUGUCAAAUUAUUAAUCUUGGCUGUGGAUUUGAUACUCUUUACUGGCGACUUAAAGACACCACUCAAGCAGUCAGCAAUUUUAUUGAAUUGGAUUUUCCUUCAGUUACAAGUAAAAAAUGCCACAUAAUUAAACGCAACAAGCAGCUUCUUGAGAAGAUAUGCAAAGAGGAUGGCGAGGUGAUCAUUCGGUCUGGUGACUUGCAUUCCGAUGGGUAUCAUCUUCUGGGCUGCGACUUACGUUGCUUGAGCGAGGUGCGGCGCAAGCUGGAAGCUGGUGGUGCGACGGCUGAUGCACCAACCUUGCUGCUGUCCGAAUGUGUACUGGUUUACUUGCGCCCAGAGGCUGCAUUGGCGCUGCUACAGCACCUGGCCUCUAGUUUCCCUCGCUGCGUGCUGCUCAUAUAUGAGCAGUGCAACUUGGGCGACAAAUUCGGCGAGAUGAUGGUCCGCAAUCUGCGAGCGCGCGGCUGCGCCCUGGCCGGCGAGAUGCACUGUCGCGACCCGGCCGCGCAGGUGGAGCGGUUGCGCGGGCUCGGCUUCGACGAAGUUCGCUCGUGGGACAUGGAGACCGUGUGGCGCUCGUUCCCCGAGGAGGAUCGCGCGCGCGUCGAGGCUUUGGAGAUGCUAGACGAGCGGGAGCUGCUGCAGCAGCUCAACACGCACUAUGCUCUGACGGUGGCCACGCGCGGCGAUCUCUUCGCGGAUCUGGACCUCAAUUCUUAGGUCACUCGCGUACGCGCCAAGGGUGGUUUUAAUUUUUCUCUUAGUGUAACAAAUUAAUGUUGUUUGUUUUAUAAUAUUUCAUUUCGAAUCAUUCAUCUCAUUCAGAUUCUGAUGGAAUCGUAUUUAGUGUAUACAAAUCUAUCAUUGAUAGUUAUAAUAAUAUGAAUGUUUUGUGAUAUUUUUGAAAUUCAACAAUAGAAAUAUAAAAACAUUAUAUAAAACAUUUUCCUAUCUCGACUGUAUUUUUCGUUCUAUAAAUCUUAAAACUAACUUCCUAACUUAUAAUGUAAACUCGAAAGUGAGUUUGUUUGCUGUUUUCAUGUCUUUACCACUCAACCGUUCGUCGCGUCGCCAGGAGUACAGAAAAUAACAUAGGGUGCCUAAUGUCUGCCUCCCUGUGUGUCCCUCUCACAUGUGGGCGGUCAGCGGACACUAGUACAUUAGUUAAACAAUAUAACAGAUGUAAGCUGUGUUGAGAGAAGUGGUUGGUUGGUAUUAUUUGGUGUAAAUGAUCACUGUCGGAAUAUUGUUCCAUUUCCUUUUUAUUGAAAUAUAAUUAAUGACAACAGUGUUUCUUGUGUAACUGCGUGCCCUGUAAAAAUACCCUCAAAGUAAUGUAUUACAUCAGCCUGUUCAGACUUAUGAAUUUAGUGGAAUCUAAAAUUGCAUGUGUAUAAAUAGAAUUCAUUAACAGAAUGUUGGAACUUCUCUUUGAUUGCUUAUAUGUACUGCAAAUUAUUUUUGUUUUAUGUCAAUGUAUAUUUCGAUUGCCCAAAAUUUCAAGGGCGACCAUUCCCUUAAAUAAGAGUUGUGUUACGUGGUAUGAACACAAAUUUUUUAUAGUUAUAUUGUUUAAAAAAUUAAAUUUAUUUAACUCUG